UUAAUUUCUACUCCUGGACUCUCCAAAUUCGACAAAACAAACGAAUUGUAAGUAUCUGUAACCCCACGAUCUAUACGAGGGAGAACUUGUACCCGCACGGGUAUCUCAGUUGAUUCAGUGGUGAGAAAUUUGGACCAAGUGACCAAGAUUCAAAACCCGUAGCGGCCGUGUGGAAGUCACAGAACCUGAAAUAAGGUUGGGUCUCUGGUGCGCAUGGAAAAAAGUUCUAUCAUCAUUGGACCGACUGAGUCAUAGUGUUACCAAAAAUCCUGUCCGGUCCUAGUAAUGGGGCUCGUGGAGUGUGAGUUCUGAAGACAACGUAAGUGAAAAGUCUCCUUUCUGUGUCUUAGCCGCCUUUCUUCGGAACUUUCGCUUCUCGUCCUUCUCUUUAAACAAUUUGCCCCGCGUUUACGCCACGCGAGAUCUCUGUAUAUUCCAGAUCCCUGAUUUUCCCGACUCCGUAAUUACAAUUACUUCUCUAUAUUUUAUUGUAUCUUAUCCGGCUUCAGUUUCCGGGGCGAUUGAUUUCGACAGGCGUUUCUGAUUCGUUUGUGGUGGGUGUUAGCUUGUCGGGUGGGAGUUUUCAUCUGUAAGUAAUUAAGGUUUUUCGAGGAGUUUAAGGGUCGAUAGUUGACUUGAUGGGCGGCAAGAGUUCCAAGGACGAUAGUUGGAGGCGUACUUCUAGGUCAGCUUCAUCAUCCUGGAAUUAUGAGUAUCCUCCCCAAUCAGCAUAUCCAACUCAAUCGCCAGAGACCCACGAUUACCCAGUUCAGCACGCUUAUCCUUCUUACGCGCCUCCUCCUCCAGCGCAGCCAUAUCACGCGCCUCCGCAAGAUCUUAGGAGUCCUUACCGCGCGCCGCCACAGAGGAGGCUUGACCGGAGAUAUUCUAGGAUUGCAGACGAUUACCAUUCAUUGGAAGAGGUAACUGAAGCUCUUGCACGCGCUGGACUGGAGUCUUCCAAUCUAAUUGUUGGUAUCGACUUCACAAAGAGCAAUGAAUGGACUGGUAAGAGGGCGUUUGGUGGGCGAAGCUUGCAUGACACGGGGCAUGGUCUUAAUCCCUAUGAGCAAGCAAUUUCCAUCAUCGGGAAAACUUUGGCAGCCUUUGAUGAUGAUAACUUAAUCCCAUGUUUUGGAUUUGGAGAUGCAUCAACUCACGACCAAGAUGUGUUCAGUUUUUAUCCAGAUGACAGAUUUUGCAACGGUUUUGAGGAAGUCUUAUCUCGGUACAGGGAAAUUGUCCCCCAACUAAGACUUGCAGGUCCAACAUCUUUUGCACCGGUCAUCGAAAUGGCUAUGACUAUUGUUGAGCAGAGUGGGGGACAGUACCAUGUAUUAGUAAUCAUUGCUGAUGGGCAGGUAACUCGUAGUGUUGAUACCGGGCGUGGUCAGUUGAGUCCUCAAGAACAAAAAACAGUUGAUGCAAUUGUAGAAGCAAGCAAGUUCCCACUGUCUAUUAUUUUGGUCGGGGUUGGAGAUGGGCCGUGGGACAUGAUGAAGGAAUUCGACGAUAAUAUCCCCUCAAGGGAAUUUGAUAAUUUCCAGUUUGUCAAUUUUACGGAGAUCAUGGCAAAACCCGUGACUCAAUCUCGAAAAGAAACAGAAUUUGCUCUCUCUUCAUUGAUGGAAAUUCCUUCACAAUAUAAAGCUACAAUAGAGCUUGGUCUGUUAGGGGGUAAUAAAGGUAAAUCACCCAACAGGGUUCCCCUCCCCCCUCCAAUGUAUGGCGCAGCUUCAUUUGGUGGUUCAAAGCCUGCAAGAGCAACAAGUUUCCAGCACACUUCAAGUUCCUACUAUGACUACAAGGAACCGGCCGGCACACCAUCUGCCUUUGAGCAGAGAACAACAAGCUCUUACUAUGAUCCUGUAGCCGUAGGUGGUGGUGGGCAUUUUGACCACGGUCCUUCUGCACCUGUCACGAGUUAUGAUAAUUUGGUUUGUCCAAUUUGCCUCACUAAUCGGAAGGAUAUGGCCUUUGGUUGUGGACAUCAGACAUGUUGUGAAUGUGGGAAAGAGCUGGAAACAUGCCCGAUUUGUCGCAGCUCAAUCCAAACUAGGAUAAAGCUGUAUUGAGUGAUGUAACUCCAUCCCUUCAUUCGUUCCUUCUUGUAAAAAAGUAUCCCAAGCAUUUGCAGUCUUGGUUUUACUCUGUACAUUUAUUGGUUGACCUUUAUCUUAAUGAUUUGUUUUCUCAAUGAUUGAGAGAAGGGGGUUGUUGUUUUCAUGAGUUGUCUAUGGAAUUUGAUGCGUCCAUUAGGGGCCGUCUGUAUCUCUUCCUAUGAGUGUACAGAAUGUAUUAAUAGACACUUCGACAGCAACAAUAUGAUGAAUGACUUCAGUCAAGCAAGCAAGCUCCGUGACCCGAUAUAGAACCACUUUUGUAAGUAGAAUUGGGCACAUCGGAGUAUGCAAUAAACUAUGUUACAGAAUAGAGACACUCGUACACAUUUCUGAAACGUAAAGAAGAAAAGAAACUGAGAAAGUAAAGGCUCCUACUGCAAAAAGUAUUGCCUUUUAACUGUUAACACCAGUCCUAUUAGAUUUUUUAUACCAGCCAAUAGAUUAUUCAAUUAAACUUCAAAAACUGCUUGAUGUACACCUCUUGUACACACCUUAUACAUAUAAUGUUUGUGAAGCUUUUGUCUUUGUCUGUGAAUCCGGGGCAGCCAAAUUCUAGUCAUAAAUGAAAUCUUCUAUUACUUUUGCC